CUUCAACUAGUGGUGUUUGUGUUUGUGUUUGAGAUCCGAAUAUGGCUCUGGUGAUGUACUGGUAUGAUUUCGUCUGCUUCGGCAUUGUGGCAGGAGCCAUCUUGUUCGCUGUGUGGAUGCUCCAAAGGAAAGAAGGUGGUGGCAAAUGCGAUUACGACCAGACCAUGUACGAGAGUCUCUUAGUUGCUCAGUCCGACCGAGAUGGGGGCUUUGAAGCUGAGGGUUUAAUAGUCAGGCGCUCAGGUCACCUCGAUUCUUCUCAGCUCUGGACUACUUGCUGGCGAGGACUUCACCCUGUAUGGCUCCUUUCUCUACGAAUCUUCUCUGCUGCCGUCAUGGUCGGCCUUCUGUGCUGGGAUGUCCGUCGAUACGAUUCCAGCAUCUUCCUUUAUUAUACCGAGUGGACUUUUACAUUGGUCAUUGUCUAUUUUACGCUUGGCACCAUUAUAUCUGCCUAUGGAUGGUGGACGUGUUUCAAGAAACCUGAAUAUGAGGAAGGUGAUCAUUUGCAGAAAAGAGAUUUAGAAGAGAAUAAUAAAUCUGCAACAUCAAUAUCUUUGACAACAAACCAAAUCAGGGGUACAAUAAAGUUACAGAGCCAUUGGGAGCAGGAGGAGACUCUGCAAAGGGCUGGAUUUUGGGGAUAUCUAAUGCAAACUAUUUAUCAGACUAGUGCAGGUGCUGUAAUAAUCACGGACAUUGUCUUUUGGUUUGUUAUAGUUCCAUUUUUGUCAAUUGAACAUUUUACCCUUAACCUGUUGAUGGGGUUAAUGCAUACUCUCAAUCUAGUGUUUCUUCUCCUUGACACUGCUCUUAACAGGCUUCCAUUCCCUUGGUUUCGGGUUGCGUAUUUGGUUCUCUGGAGCUGUCUCUAUGUCAUUUUUCAAUGGGUUCUUCAUGCGUCCGGCUUUUCAUGGUGGCCUUAUCCUUUCCUUGAGCUCUCUACUCCAUGGGCACCAGUAUGGUAUUUGUGCUUGGCUGUGAUUCACAUUCCUUGUUAUGGUAUAUAUGCGCUGAUUGUAAAAGCCAAACAUGCAUUUUUCUCUAAAUGGUUCCCAAAUGCCUACAUAAGGUCAUAUUAGUUUCUUGAUUUGGGUUUUGUUGUACAAUUAGAGCGUGUUUGCUGGUGAUUAGUUUGGUUGGAUGAUUGGGCAUACUGAGGGGAAUGUUUACAGAAUUUCCUCCAUAACUUGGAAAAGAUUUAUAUUGUACCAGGUUGAAUUCAUACUAUUUUGAAUGGGAGAAACUAGAAACUUUUUAUAUGCUUA